GCCGAUUUCGUAAUGCGCAGGCUGAGAUCAAGUGAGAUCAGGGUCAUCUUUGUUGGGAGUGGGUUAUUGUCACUUGUCAGCUGUCAGGGAUGUGCAAGAUGUGUGUCCUGAGCAAUGGUUACCAAUGACCUUGACACGCACCUCUUGACCACUGCUGGGGGACAUGGGAUGCAUGUCCAGCAAGGCGGACAUCAAUGACCGUCACCCAAACAUCUUCCAAGUGGUCAACAUCGACGACCUUGGUCAGGAGCUGCGACCGGCCAAACUGGAGAUCACAGAUCGGGACAUUAUUCUCCACCAAAGAGGCCGCUCGGGCGUCCGAUGGCCCAUCCGCUGUCUGAAGCGGUACGGCUACUCGGAGGGCGUGUUCAGCUUCGAGCUGGGCCGACGCGCCCCCACCGGCGCCGGCGUGUACGGCCUUCAGUGUGAGCGCGCCGAGGCCCUGUUCCAGCUGCUGCAGGUCAGUGAGGCGCGGGAGUAUAUAGUCCACUUGGGGGUCAAGUGCUGA